AUGCCCGCCCCAAGUCCUGCGCCGCACAAGCCUCGGCGGAAAGCCAACAAGGCCGAAAAUGACGGCGACAAGCCGCGCAAGUUCGACGCCCUCGUGCGCACCCCGGCCUUUCCCUUGGCUGCCUUCAUGUGGCCGGCGCGCACGUCGCUGUCGCAAUGGGAGGUGCUGCCGCUGGUUCUGAUGGUUGUUGGGCUGUUUCGAUGGGCGGCCGGGCUUUGGGGGUACUCUGGAUUCCAACGACCGCCCUUGUUUGGCGACUACGAGGCUCAGCGCCACUGGAUGGAAAUCACCGCCAACCUGCCCAUCUCUCAGUGGUACUUUCACGAUCUGGAGUGGUGGGGGCUGGACUAUCCGCCUCUCACGGCGUAUCACAGCUGGGCGCUGGGCAAGAUUGGCUCUCUCAUCAACCCGGAGUGGUUUGCCCUGAUGUCCUCGCGCGGUUCCCACGACCCAAUGCUCAAGAUUUUCAUGAGGGCAACCGUCAUCGCCUCUGAAUAUCUGAUCUUUGUCCCCGCCGCUACGGUCUUUGUGCGACGGUUCAGCAGACUCAACGGCGUGAAUACCUGGACCAGCAACCUGGCUCUCGUUGCCAUUCUCAUGCAGCCGUCGUUGAUUCUCAUCGACCAUGUGCAUUUCCAAUACAACACCGUGAUGCUCGGAUUCGUCGUGGCCAGCAUGUCGAGCAUGCUCGCCGAGCGAUACAAGUGGGCAGCCGUCUUCUUUGUGGCCGCCCUGGGCUUCAAGCAAAUGGCACUCUACUAUGCCUUUAGCGUCUUCUCAUAUCUGCUGGGGAGGUGCAUCACCACUGGCAUCAAUCCCAGUAGGCUGUUUGGCAUUGCGUUGGUGACUCUCAUCUCUUUCGGCGUCCUUGUACUGCCUCUGGCACUUGGCGUACUCUACGACAAACACCGCGGGAUUGAGGCAAGGCCCGAGCUUAAUGGAGCUACGGCGCCACUUCCCAUUUUCCCCUUUAUCGUCAAUUACAUUGACCCUCAGAACUUUUACUAUCCCAUUGUUGAGCAGCUUGUCCAGAUGGUCCACCGAGUAUUCCCCUUUUCUCGUGGCCUCUUUGAGGACAAAGUCGCAAACUUCUGGUGUGCCCUCAACACCGUUAUCAAGUUGCGCAACUUCCCGGUGGAGCUUCUUCAGAAAGCUGCUUUGGGAGCAACUCUUCUUUCCAUCAUCCCUCCUAAUCUCAUCCUGUUCCUACGCCCGCGCAAGUCAGCACUUCCGGUUGCCUUUGCGGCCACUGCAUGGGGCUUUUUCCUCUUCAGCUGGCAGGUCCACGAGAAGAGUGUUCUGCUCCCACUUAUGCCCAUGACGCUGCUUCUGGCCGGGAAACAAGGCAUGAGCGGCGAGGUCCGUGCCUGGGUGGGCUUUGCCAACCUCCUGGGCGCUUGGACUAUGUUUCCUUUGUUGCAUCGAGUCGACCUCAGGGUGCCGUAUGCAGCCCUCACCCUGCUUUGGGCGUACCUCCUUGGCCUCCCUCCAACCUCCUGGAGCGCGCCCUUCCAGGAAGGACAAUCUGGAGUUGUCCAAUGGGGCACAGCUCUGCUACAAAGCACUUUCUACGUCAUCAUGGCGGCGUGGCAUGUUGUCGAGGCUUUUGUUGUACCACCACCUGGCAAACCUGAUCUAUGGGUUGUCGCCAACGUCGGUGUGGGCGCGGCAGGCUUCUCCAUCUGCUAUCUGUGGUGCCUCUGGAGGCUUUUACGAGAGACGGAAUUUCUGCCAAGUGCUCCAAAGACCAAGUCGAAGACGCAGUAGAGAUGGAUAUAGGUGUAUUUCGUGAUAGCUGAAGAUGAAAUAAGCCAAUCCCCAUAGGCUCUACAUAUCCCGUCGACUUUAAACGACGUUGGCCCAAAGCAGCUGCCUGUUGGGCGAGAUGGGCUGUGCAACAGAUGCUUGGCACUAGAGAUAGAAUAUGCAUGUUGGACUUUAUGUUCCACGCAGUUAACAGCGGUCAGGUAUUGAUGGAAGCAACAGACCCUAUUAGAAGAGAGGGACCACAGAGCAAAGAUUCUGUAGACGAAAGCCUCAGCGCCCUCGAUAGAUCCAUAGACGAUCAGUUAAGCAUCAAAUUCUAUAGCAACAUUAAUUCGAAGCAUUUGCGAAGU